AUGAGUGGAUCAAUAGGAUUUGACAUCUGCAUGGUCACCUGCAGCAUCCUGCUCUUGUCCUCUAGUCCACCAUGCCUUGCAUCUCUGCCACUGGAGGAGAGGAAUGUGACAAAGGUCCAGCAUGGCCCCUGGGCAGGGAAUGGGGUUGAAGAUGAAAGGACAAGCAUGUUGAACUUGAAAAGUAACCUGGGCCCCUCUGAGCAGACUGUCUCUGAAAAGCCAUUUGGAGUGUCGGCAAAGCCGUCUGGGAUAUCCUUAAAUGAAGCUUUCACUGCAGAAGGAGAAAUGCUAUCUGUAAGCCUGAGCCAUGUCAUUUCAGGUAGCCAGGGUCUGGGUGAUCAUACCUCUGCUGUGGCAGUGGCUUCUGUUGAGGAGGACGAGCUUGGUCCCACAAAGUCAGAGCUGGAAGAGGAUGAUGCAUUCAAGGCCAUGCUGACCACGGCUGUGACCACACUGAACCCUACUGUUCAGGAGGAGUACGUUGGUGGCCCCAUUAGUGGGACCACCACAGAAGGUGGUGUUGAAGUAGAGCACAGCUCUCCUGGCCUCUUGGCAAACCCUCUUUCUGGGACUGCUGUGGAGGAGGAGGCAGGGAGCAACUCAUACCCCUCAGUGGCACCCCAGCCCACACUGUACCCCAGCUCUCCCAGCUGGGAAACAGCAAGUGACCAUCCUGUCACCCUGACUCCCCAGGCUCAUGGCAUAACUCCUGAGCUGGGAGUGCCAAGACCCCGCACAGGGAGCCCUCUAAAGUCCCUGGUUGUGCGAGCAUCUGUGGCUGCAAAACAUCUACCUGUGGUGACUGAGGCCUCCCUCCACCUGGAAGCAGGGAUGCGUGGCAGGCAAGGAGACCUGCCCACCAUGGCUGGCACUGUCACCAUCCAUGGUAUAGACACGGUGCCGCCUGACUGGGAUGACACAAAAGUGGGGGACAUAAGUCAAGGGGGAAGUGUGUCUCUUGAGGAGGUGACAGAGGACCUGGGUGUAGCAGAACCAUCCCAGAUACCACAGGGAGGUGUAGGGGAGGAAGAGGAUGCAACAAGAGUGCUGCCACCCCCAGCAUCCUCUCCACCAGCUUCCGAGCUUGCCAAGGAGACCAACUGCACAGAGCUGGUGCUUGGGGAGGAAUUUCCGGCAGCUUCUACAGGCGAUGGUGGUGCUGUCCACACUGCAAAUCUGACGGCUGUAGACAUGGCUGAUCUCAACUUGCUGGAAAACACAAGUACAGUCACAGCAGAGGAGGGGAAAAGCAUCCCACCAUCACAGCCACAGGCUGCUGUGGUGACAGAUAUGCAGUCCGAUCUCCCUCCUACUCUGGAAAGCUCAUGGAAAGGUGUUACUCAGGAGGUGACAACAGUUGUCCAGGAGGCUGAUGCUUCUCUGUUAGUUGUGACACUGGUGCCUGGUGCUACCCAGGGAGCAGGAACUGCAAGCUUUCCCCAGGAAAACAGUGGAGAGGACACUCAGAUGGUGACUGCUCCUAGUGCUACCCAGAUGCUGGUGGCAGCUGGUACUUCCUCUGCGGCAGACAUUACGGAUGUGGAAGACAUCACAGAUGUCCUGGUCACCAGUGAGAAGGCUGUUGCAGCUCCUGGUGGGAUGUCCGCAACCCACUCUGGACAGACAGAGAAGCCAUCCAGCAGAACUAUGGUCCUGGUAACUCCAGCAUCAGUGGCAUCUUCUGCCAGGAGGACAGCUCUUCCGUCUGUGAGGAGGAUCAGUACUGCUGAGACCUAUGGGCUGGACCGCCUGGAGUCGGAAG